AUGUCCAUCGGAUCUGGAUCGAAUCUGAGAUCCGGAUCUUCAGGAUCUGUACCUGGGUAUAUGGUAUAUGACAAUAACCUUCUUGCAAGAUGGCCUACAUACACUAUUGAUUUCACACCUGAGCAUCUGGGACCAUUAAAACUUGUUCUGCGCUUGAAGGAUGCUUCAAGCUAUCGGUCCACCGAAGAUGAUGAUAGCGCGGAUGAGGCAGAGGGAAUGGCGAAAGUCAAAUGCACACCACUAGCCAUCGAGGAGGACCCGGGUGUUACCAUGGCCUGUGAGGCCACCUCCAAGGAUGGAACUUGGCAUGUUAGUGCAAACCCUGUGUAA